AUGGCUCCGCCUCCAUCUACCAUUACUUUGGGAAUAGGAACUCCUCCAAAGUUUGCUGUUAUGAACAAAGGUCUGAGAUGGUUUGCCAUUUCUUUGGUAGGUUCGGAAAAACAAAGCUGUUCUGCGGCCAAUUUCAUGGAAGUUCUGCCUGUUUUGGCAACAUAUAUUUGUUGUUCUGGUGCCUCCUCUACUUUUGCCAAUUUGCACUCGAAGGUCUCUUGUGAUAGCACAUCUCCUUCCAAAGUGUUCUCCUGUCCUUCUACUGCCUUAAACUUUUCUGGCAUGAUAAACACCAUGUUAAUGCCUAGAUCGCCCUGUAACAGGGUUUCUAAUUCUGCACUGAAAGCCUCAGUUUCUUCAACUAGUUCUCCAUCGUACUCCAUAUGUUCUUCUCCAUAUUCUUCUGUCCAAUCUUCUUACUCUCUUGUUUCGAGGAAUCCAGUCUGGUUGUCUGCAGAUGGUUCUAACUGGUUGAUUGAGGAUGAGGCAGGAUGGGUGGAAAGUUUGCUUGGAGACUCCGUCUUUGUCAGUUUUUCUAUUGUUACUAAGGGAGGUUUCUCAGCCAAUUUUAACAUUCCUACUGUUAUUCCUUCUUGUAUGACGUCCCUGAAAACAACAGCUAUUGGUGGAAUGGUUCCAAGAGUUGUGCCAUCUGCAAUACUGUCUAACCUUGAGUUCCUUAGGCUUGGGCAACUUGUGGAGUGUCUCUAUUUCUUUCUGUAG